GCUCCCGCGGGCGCCCGACCAGCGGCGACUCGCCCGCCGCCACCGACCGCACAUGCCCGCGCGCUCGCCGCACUUGCUCCCUCCCUGACGAGCCACCCCGCCCGCGUGGACACGACCACGUGCCAUCCCGUUGCAUUUAUGAGUCGACUUAAUAUUAGCCUUUGUGCUCAAGUUUUUAGCGAAACGUCUAGUUUCAAAAAUACAAUUGCAUUUAAGAUUUUAUGUGGUUUUGAUAUAUUGCCACUCCCUGUAGUCGCAGUUCUACUUUUACCCCAAUUUCAGUAUCUAAGUCUUCCCAGUGUUUAUGGUGAUUGAAUUGUGAUAAGACUGAAGAAUGGCUUGGGGUUAUUGGUCUGCGUCGUCUGUGCUGCCGGACCGCGGCCGCAGUCCGCGCCGGGCCGGCACAUCUGCUGUCCACGCUCAUCCCAACCCCCCCACGGCGAGGGAGGUCAUGGAGACACACGACGAGAGUAUCCUCCAUACAGCGUCAACAUCACGCGACAGCCGGGACCAUUCGGCCUCACCUCACUCGUCGUCAAACGGGGGUCAUUCCCACCAACACGAAGUCCGCCACGCCGUUCCUGCCAGUGCGUUAUUUGGGGAAAGUUACGGGGAAUUAUCCAGAAGACCUUCGUUGGAUUUGGGGUCAGUGCGGAGUGCUCUAGCUUCUUGUUCGGGGGGUGGAACGCUUAGUGCGGGGUCGACAUUGACUAGAGGGGGAACAUUAGCUGAUUAUUUACCACCGACGCCGUGUCCACAUCACCACAGAGUGUAUGUAGACCAUCAUAAACACUACGAGCAGCCGAUCCAGCCGGUUCACGUGGGGGUGGGGCACCACUCGCACUCGCAUGCGUCUGCGCACUCGAGUAGACAUCACACGGAUGACGAAGAUGACCUUGAACCGGCGUAUGCGACAGUAUUCCCGAAUGUUCCCGCGGCGCCUGGCAUGCCCUGCGCGGGCGAAGACCGAAGCAUAUAUAGGAGGGGAGCGCGGCGGUGGCGAAAAUUAUACCGCGUUAAUGGACACAUCUUCCAGGCAAAGCGAUUUAAUAGACGCGCCUUCUGUGCCUUUUGCCAAGACCGCAUCUGGGGCCUGGGCCGGCAAGGCUUCAAGUGCAUCCAGUGCAAGCUGCUGGUCCACAAGAAGUGCCACAAACUGGUCCAGAAACCGUGCUCCAACGAGCAUGUCGACCCCAUUGACCCAGUCAAGGAUGACGCAAAUGGAGAGAGCACAUUGGGUCGCGCUUCCUCUGUCAGGUCUCGAGCGGAGCCAGAGCUGCCGUUGCCCGAAACGCCACCAGCGCCGCCGGCGGUGGUGCGCGAGGACCUCGAGCCUGGUUCGCAGCGCCAGUAUUCGCUGGACGACUUCGAGCUCAUCAGGGUCAUUGGACGAGGCUCUUAUGCCAAGGUGCUGAUGGUAGAACUGAAGCGAACGAAACGCGUCUAUGCCAUGAAGGUAAUCAAAAAGGCGCUCGUAACCGAUGACGAGGAUAUCGACUGGGUGCAGACGGAGAAGCAUGUCUUCGAGACGGCGUCUAACCAUCCCUUCCUCGUGGGGCUGCACUCCUGUUUCCAGACGCCAAGCCGCUUGUUCUUCGUUAUCGAGUUUGUCAGGGGUGGAGAUCUCAUGUUUCACAUGCAACGCCAACGGCGACUGCCCGAAGAGCACGCGCGGUUUUACGCGGCGGAAAUAUCGCUUGCUUUGCACUUCCUGCACGAACGUGGAGUCAUCUACCGCGACCUCAAGCUGGACAACGUGUUGCUGGACCACGAGGGCCAUAUCAAGCUAACGGAUUAUGGCAUGUGCAAGGAGGGAGUCCGUCCUGGCGACACGACAUCAACUUUCUGCGGCACUCCGAACUACAUUGCUCCCGAGAUCCUCCGCGGAGAGGAGUACGGCUUCAGCGUGGACUGGUGGGCUCUUGGAGUGCUGACGUACGAGAUGCUGGCUGGACGAUCACCGUUCGAUAUUGCACAGGCCGCUGAUAAUCCUGACCAGAACACUGAGGACUAUCUCUUCCAGGUGAUCCUGGAGAAAACGAUCCGUAUACCGCGAUCGCUGUCAGUGAAGGCAGCGUCGGUGCUAAAGGGAUUCCUCAACAAGAACCCCGUGGAGCGGCUCGGCUGCGGCGAGAACGGUUUUCUUGACAUCGUUAAUCAUCCAUUCUUUAAGAGCAUCGAAUGGGAAAUGUUGGAGCAAAAGCAAGUGGUGCCGCCAUUCAAGCCUCGUUUAGAAGGUGAACGCGACCUCGCCAACUUCCCGCCAGAGUUCACCGACGAACCCGUGCAUCUCACGCCCGACAACGAUACGGUGAUCGCGGACAUCGAUCAGUCUGAGUUCGAGGGCUUCGAGUACGUUAAUCCCCUCCUGAUGUCGCUGGAAGACUGCGUGUGACAUCACGCCUGUCUGCUGCAUCCCUACCACGAUCCCCUGCAGGCUUACGCAUACGGUGAGUCGUCGUCAUCGGAUUACGACUCUGUGUGCUCCGAGCUGCCGGCGCGCAAGCCAACGCUGCUGCAGCACAUGUUCUGUCUGCCGCUUAACUGACGCAAGAAGAACUCUAAAAACUCCCAAGCCCUCCAAUAAUAUCACUUUGUAAUGGGAUGAAACAAAACUCAGGGGUGAAUAAAAACAAACAAUGCCACCAACUUAACUCUGAUUGCGCAAAAAAAA